GCGUGGGUUCGGGCGCGGGCGCGGGCGCGGCGCAGCGAAGGGACCAGCCGGGGCGCAGAGCGGGGGCCGAGGGGCCACCAGAGCCCAGCGCCGCCCGCCCGCCAAGAAGGAGAGGGCGGGAGCGGGCCUCCGCCGCCCGUGGGAUCUCCCGGCGCGCGCGGGGGUGCCCGAAUCCCGCCGGCCCGCGCAGGAGGCCACCACCGGACGCGGCGGGCAGCCGGCGGGCAGGCAUGCCACCGCUCCUGGCGCCGCUGCUCUGCCUGGCGCUGCUGCCCGCGCUCGGCGCACGAGGCCUGCGGUGCUCCCAGCCCAGCGAGACCUGCUUGAAUGGCGGGAAGUGUGAAGUGCUCCCCAACGGCACGGAGGCCUGUGUCUGCAGCGGGGCCUUCGUGGGCCAGCGGUGCCAGGCGCACAGCCCCUGCCUCAGCGCCCCCUGCAGGAACGGCGGGACGUGCCACGUGCUGGAGCGGGGCGGCCUGGCCGACUACACCUGCAGCUGCCGCCUGGGCUUCUCCGGGCCCCUCUGCCUGACGCCCCGGGACAACGCCUGCCUCCCCAACCCCUGCCGCAACGGCGGCACCUGCGACCUGCUCACGCUCGCCGACUACAAGUGUCUCUGCCCCCCCGGCUGGUCAGGGAAGACGUGCCAGCAGGCUGACCCGUGCGCCUCCAACCCCUGUGCCAACGGCGGCCAGUGCCUGCCCUUCGAGGCCUCCUACAUCUGCCGCUGCCCGCCCGGCUUCCACGGCGCCACCUGCCGGCAGGACGUGAACGAGUGCGGCCUGAGCCCCCCGCCCUGCCGCAACGGGGGCACCUGCCUCAACGAGGUGGGCUCCUACCGCUGCGCCUGCCGCGCCACCCACACCGGCCCGCACUGCGAGCUGCCCUACGUGCCCUGCAGCCCCUCCCCCUGCCAGAACGGGGGCACCUGCCGGCCCACGGGCGACACCACGCACGAGUGCGCCUGCCUGCCAGGCUUCACCGGCCAGAACUGCGAGGAGAACAUCGACGACUGUCCGGGAAACAGCUGCCAGAACGGGGGCACCUGCGUGGACGGCGUGAACACCUACAACUGCCGCUGCCCGCCCGAGUGGACAGGUCAGUACUGCACCAAGGACAUGGACGAGUGCCAGCUCAUGCCCAACGCCUGCCAGAACGGCGGCACGUGCCACAACACCCAGGGCGGCUACAACUGCGUGUGCGUCAACGGCUGGACGGGCGAGGACUGCAGCGAGAACAUCGACGACUGCGCCAGCGCCGCCUGCUUCCACGGCGCCACCUGCCACGACCGCGUGGCCUCCUUCUACUGCGAGUGUCCCCACGGCCGCACAGGUCUGCUGUGCCACCUCAACGACGCCUGCAUCAGCAACCCCUGCAACGAGGGCUCCAACUGCGACACCAACCCCGUCAACGGCAAGGCCAUCUGCACCUGCCCCUCGGGGUACACGGGGCCGGCCUGCAGCCAGGACGUGGACGAGUGCUCGCUGGGCGCCAACCCCUGCGAGCACAAGGGCAAAUGCAUCAACACGCUGGGCUCCUUCGAGUGCCGCUGCCUGCAGGGCUACGCCGGCCCGCGCUGCGAGAUCGACGUCAACGAGUGCGUCUCGAACCCGUGUCAGAACGACGCCACCUGCCUGGACCAGAUCGGGGAGUUCCAGUGCAUCUGCAUGCCCGGCUACGAGGGCGUGCACUGCGAGGUGAACCGGGACGAGUGUGCCAGCAGCCCCUGCCUGCAGAACGGCCGCUGCGUGGACAAGAUCAACGAGUUCCAGUGCGAGUGCCCCACAGGCUUCACCGGGAACCUGUGCCAGUACGACGUGGACGAGUGCGCCAGCACGCCCUGCAAGAACGGCGCCAAGUGCCUGGACGGGCCCAACACCUACAGCUGCGUGUGCACGGAAGGCUACACGGGGCCCCACUGCGAGGUGGACAUCGACGAGUGUGACCCCGACCCCUGCCACUACGGGUCCUGCAAGGACGGCGUGGCCGCCUUCACCUGCCUGUGCCGGCCCGGCUACACCGGCCACCACUGCGAGACCAACAUCAACGAGUGCCACAGUCAGCCCUGCCGCCACGGCGGCACCUGCCAGGACCGCGACAACGCCUACCUCUGCCUCUGCCUCAAGGGGACCACAGGACCCAACUGUGAGAUCAACCUGGACGACUGUGCCAGCAACCCCUGCGACUCGGGCACGUGCCUGGACAAGAUUGACGGCUACGAGUGCGCCUGUGAGCCGGGCUACACAGGGAGCAUGUGCAACAUCAACAUCGACGAGUGCGCGGGCGGCCCCUGCCACAACGGCGGCACCUGCGAGGACGGCACCAACGCCUUCACCUGCCGCUGCCCCGAGGGCUACCACGGGCCCUCCUGCCUGUCGGAGGUCAACGAGUGCAGCAGCGACCCCUGCGCCCACGGGGCCUGCCGGGACGGCCUCAACGGGUACAAGUGUGACUGCGACCCCGGGUGGAGCGGGGCCAACUGUGACGUCAACAACAACGAGUGCGAGUCGAACCCCUGCGUCAACGGCGGGACCUGCAAGGACAUGACCAGCGGCUACGUGUGCACCUGCCGUGAAGGCUUCAGCGGCCCCAACUGCCAGACCAACAUCAACGAGUGCGCGUCCAACCCGUGCCUGAACCAGGGCACCUGCAUCGACGACGUGGCGGGGUACAAGUGCAACUGCCCGCUGCCCUACACAGGAGCCACGUGCGAGGUGGUGCUGGCCCCGUGCGCCUCCGGCCCCUGCAGGAACGGCGGCGAGUGCAGGGCGUCCGAGGACUUCGAGAGCUUCUCCUGCGUGUGCCCGGCCGGCUGGCAGGGGCAGACCUGCGAGGUGGACGUCAACGAGUGCGUGAAGAGCCCGUGCCGCCACGGCGCCUCCUGCCAGAACACCGACGGCGGCUACCGCUGCCACUGCCAGGCCGGCUACACGGGGCGCAACUGCGAGACGGACAUCGACGACUGCCGGCCCAACCCGUGCCACAACGGAGGCUCCUGCACGGACGGCAUCAACGCGGCCUUCUGCGACUGCCUGCCCGGCUUCCAGGGCGCCUUCUGCGAGGAGGACAUCAACGAGUGCGCCAGCAACCCCUGCCGCCACGGCGCCAACUGCACGGACUGCGUGGCCAGCUACACCUGCACCUGCCCGCCGGGCUUCAGCGGCAUCCACUGCGAGAACAACACGCCCGACUGCACCGAGAGCUCCUGCUUCAAUGGCGGCACCUGCGUGGACGGCAUCGACUCCUUCACCUGCCUGUGCCCCCCCGGCUUCACGGGCAGCUACUGCGAGCACGACAUCAACGAGUGUGACUCGCGGCCCUGCCUGCACGGCGGCACCUGCCAGGACAGCUACGGCACCUACCGGUGCACCUGCCCGCUGGGCUACACCGGCCUCAGCUGCCAGAACCUGGUGCGCUGGUGUGACUCCUCGCCCUGCAAGAACGGCGGCAGGUGCUGGCAGACCAACGUGCUGUACCGCUGCGAGUGCCACAGCGGCUGGACCGGCCUCUACUGCGACGUGCCCAGCAUGUCCUGCGAGGCAGCCGCCCGGGAGCGAGGCAUCGACGUGACCCACCUGUGCCGGAACGGCGGGCUCUGCGUGGACGCGGACAACACGCACCACUGCCGCUGCCAGCCGGGCUACACGGGCAGCUACUGUGAGGACCAGGUGGACGAGUGCUCGCCCAGCCCCUGCCAGAACGGGGCCACCUGCACCGACUACCCCGGCGGCUACUCCUGCGAGUGCGUGGCCGGCUACCACGGGGUGAACUGCUCCGAGGAGAUCAACGAGUGCCUGUCCCACCCGUGCCAGCACGGCGGCACCUGCAUCGACCUCACCAACACCUACAAGUGCUCCUGUCCGCGGGGCACGCAGGGGGUGCACUGCGAGAUCAACGUGGACGACUGCAACCCCCCCAUCGACCCCGUGUCCCGCGGCCCCAAGUGCUUCAACAACGGCACCUGCGUGGACCAGGUGGGCGGCUACUCCUGCGCCUGCCUGCCCGGCUUCGUGGGCGAGCGCUGCGAGGGCGACGUCAACGAGUGUCUCUCCAACCCCUGCGACGCCCGCGGCACCCAGAACUGCGUGCAGCGCGUCAACGACUUCCACUGCGAGUGCCGCCCCGGCCACACCGGGCGCCGCUGCGAGUCCGUCAUCAACGGCUGCAAGGGGAGGCCCUGCCAGAAUGGCGGCACCUGCGCCGUGGCCUCCAACACCGCCCGCGGCUUCAUCUGCAAGUGCCCGGCGGGCUUCGAGGGCGCCACGUGCGAGAACGACGCGCGCACCUGCGGCAGCCUGCGCUGCCUCAACGGCGGCACCUGCAUCUCGGGCCCGCGCAGCCCCGCCUGCCUGUGCCUGGGCCCCUUCACGGGCCCCGAGUGCCAGUUCCCGGCCAGCAGCCCCUGCGCGGGCGGCAACCCCUGCUACAACCAGGGCACCUGCGAGCCCACCUCCGAGAGCCCCUACUACCGCUGCCUGUGCCCCCCCAAGUUCAACGGGCUCCUGUGCCACAUCCUGGACUACAGCUUCCGGGGCGGCGCCGGCCUGGACAUCGCCCCGCCGCCCGUCGAGGAGGCCUGCGAGCUGCCCGAGUGCCGCGAGGAGGCGGGCAACAAGGCGUGCAGCCUGCGCUGCAACAACCACGCGUGCGGCUGGGACGGCGGCGACUGCUCCCUCAACUUCAACGACCCCUGGCAGAACUGCUCGCAGGCGCUCGAGUGCUGGAAGUACUUCAGCAACGGCCGCUGCGACAGCCAGUGCAACUCGGCCGGCUGCCUGUUCGACGGCUUCGACUGCCAGCGCGCCGAGGGCCAGUGCAACCCCCUGUACGACCAGUACUGCAAGGACCACUUCAGCGACGGGCACUGCGACCAGGGCUGCAACAGGGCCGAGUGCGAGUGGGACGGGCUGGACUGCGCGGAGCACGUGCCCGAGCGCCUGGCGGCCGGCACGCUGGUGGUGGUGGUGCUCAUGCCGCCGGCGCAGCUGCGCAACGACUCGCUCCGCUUCCUGCGGGAGCUCAGCCGCCUGCUGCACACCAACGUGGUCUUCAAGCGCGACGCCAGCGGCCAGCAGAUGAUCUUCCCCUACUACGGCCGCGAGGAGGAGCUGCGCAAGCACCCCAUCCGGCGCUCCGUGGACGCGGACGGCUGGGCCGCGCCUGGCGCCCUGCUCGGCCAGGUCAAGGCCGCGCUGCUCCCGGGCGGCGAGGGCGGGCGCUGGCGCAGGGAGCUGGACCCGAUGGACAUCCGCGGCUCCAUCGUCUACCUGGAGAUCGACAACCGGCAGUGCGUGCAGGCCUCCGCCCAGUGCUUCCAGAGCGCCACCGACGUGGCCGCCUUCCUGGGCGCACUCGCCUCGCUGGGCAGCCUCAACAUCCCCUACAAGAUCGAGGCCGUGCAGAGUGAGACGGUGGAGCCGCCGCCGCCGCCGCCGCUGCACUUCAUGUACGUGGCCGUGGCCGCCUUCCUGCUGCUCUGCUUCGGGGGCUGCGGCGUGCUCCUGUCGCGCCGGCGCCGGCGGCAGCAUGGCCAGCUCUGGUUCCCCGAGGGCUUCAAGGUGGCGGAGGCCAGCAAGAAGAAGCGGCGCGAGCCCCUGGGCGAGGACUCCGUGGGCCUCAAGCCCCUGAAGCACUCCUCGGACGGCGCCCUCAUCGACGACAAUCAGAACGAGUGGGGCGACGAGGACCUGGAGACCAAGAAGUUCCGGUUCGAGGAGCCGGUGGUGCUUCCCGACCCGGACGCCCAGACGGACCACCGGCAGUGGACGCAGCAGCACCUGGACGCCGCGGACCUGCGGGUGUCGGCCAUGGCGCCCACGCCGCCCCAGGGCGAGGCCGACGCCGACUGCAUGGACGUCAACGUCCGCGGGCCCGACGGCUUCACGCCCCUCAUGAUCGCCUCCUGCAGCGGAGGGGGCCUGGAGACGGGCAACAGCGAGGAGGAGGAGGACGCCCCGGCCGUCAUCUCGGACUUCAUCUACCAGGGCGCCAGCCUGCACAACCAGACCGACCGCACCGGCGAGACCGCCCUGCACCUGGCCGCCCGCUACUCCCGCUCCGACGCGGCCAAGCGCCUGCUGGAGGCCAGCGCGGACGCCAACAUCCAGGACAACAUGGGCCGCACCCCACUGCACGCGGCCGUGUCCGCCGACGCACAGGGCGUCUUCCAGAUCCUGAUCCGGAACCGAGCCACGGACCUGGACGCCCGCAUGCACGACGGCACCACGCCGCUGAUCCUGGCCGCGCGCCUGGCGGUGGAGGGCAUGCUGGAGGACCUCAUCAACUCGCACGCCGACGUCAACGCCGUGGAUGACCUGGGCAAGUCCGCCCUGCACUGGGCCGCCGCCGUGAACAACGUGGAGGCCGCCCUCGUGCUCCUGAAGAACGGGGCCAACAAGGACAUGCAGAGCAACAAGGAGGAGACGCCCCUGUUCCUGGCCGCCCGGGAGGGCAGCUACGAGACGGCCAAGGUGCUGCUGGACCACUUCGCCAACCGGGACAUCACGGACCACAUGGACCGGCUGCCGCGCGACAUCGCGCAGGAGCGCAUGCACCACGACAUCGUGCGGCUGCUGGACGAGCACAGCCUGGUGCGCAGCCCCCCGCUGCACGGCGCCCUGGGCGGCGCGCCCACCCUGUCGCCCCCGCUCUGCUCGCCCAACGGCUACCUGGGCAACCUCAAGCCGGCCGUGCCGGGCAAGAAGGCACGCAAGCCCAGCACCAAGGGCCUGGCGGGCGGCAAGGAGGCCCGGGACCUCAAAGCGCGGCGGAAGAAGGCGCAGGACGGCAAGGCCUGCCUGCUGGACAGCUCCGGCGUGCUGUCGCCCGUGGACUCGCUCGAGUCGCCCCACGGCUACCUGUCGGACGUGGCCUCGCCGCCCCUCCUGCCCUCCCCCUUCCAGCCGUCCCCGUCCGUGCCCCUCAGCCACCUGCCGGGCAUGCCCGACACCCACCUGGGCGUGGGCCACCUGGGCGUGGCGGCCAAGCCCGAGAUGGCAGCCCUGGGCGCGAGUGGCCGGCUGGCCUUCGAGGCGGGGCCGCCACGCCUCUCCCACCUGCCCGUGGCCUCCGGCACCGGCCCGGUCCUGGGCGCCGGCGGCAGUGGGGCUGUGAAUUUCACCGUGGGCGGGGCCACGGGCUUGAACGGCCAGUGUGAGUGGCUGUCCCGGCUGCAGAAUGGCCUGGUGCCCAAUCAGUACAACCCCCUGCGCGGGAACGUGGCGCCCGGCUCGCUGAGCGCGCAGGCUCCCGCCCUCCAGCACGGCGUGAUGGGCCCGCUGCACGGCGGCCUCUCCGCCUCCACCCUGUCCCAGAUGCUCAGCUACCAGGCCCUGCCCAGCACGCGGCUGGCCACCCAGCCCCACCUGGUCCAGGCCCAGCCGGUGCCGCAGCCGGUGCCGCCGCCGCCGCAGAGCCUCCAGAUGCAGCAGCCGCCGAGCAUCCAGCAGCCGCAGAGCCUGCCGCCGCCCCAGCCGCACCUGGGCGUGAGCUCGGCCGCCGGCGGGCACCUGGGCCGGAGCUUCCUGGGCGGGGAGCCGAGCCAGGCGGACGUGCAGCCGCUGGGGCCCGGCCUGGCGGCGCACACCAUCCUGCCCCAGGACAGCCAGGCCCUGCCCACGGCGCUGCCGUCCUCGCUGGGCCCGCCCAUGGCCACCGCCCAGUUCCUGACGCCGCCCUCCCAGCACAGCUGCUCCUCCUCGCCCGUGGACAACACCCCCAGCCACCAGCUGCAGGUGCCCGAGCACCCCUUCCUCACCCCGUCCCCCGAGUCCCCCGACCAGUGGUCCAGCUCGUCCCCCCACUCCAACAUCUCCGAUUGGUCCGAGGGCAUCUCCAGCCCGCCCACCAGCACGCAGUCCCAGAUCGCCCACAUCCCGGAGGCGUUCAAGUAAAGAGCCGGCCAUGGAGCCACGCUUCUAGCCACGAGGCCACACGGCCCGGCCACGGGGCCACCUUCCUUCCCCAGGCCCUGCCGGGGCGUUCGCCCGGCUCUCCACGGACACCGGGCCGACCAAAGGAGCUUAUUUUUUUUUUUAAGAAACGUUUUUAUACAAAAUAAGAGGACAGAGAUGGGAACUUUUUUUAGUAUUUAUUUAUGUUCUUCUAUUUCACGUGGAAGCACUGCCUUGUUAUUUAUAUGUAUCGUGCUCUCGGGCACCAGGCAUGAACUCUCUCCCAGGAAACUGAGUAGCUCUUAGCCAUGACUUCCCUCCGCCGGGAAGAUGGUUACAUGUGUGUAACACACACAGACAGAUUCACAGUGUAUACAUGCUACUUAUUUAUUGAUUUCUUUUUUCAAAAUCCAAAAAAGAAAUGUCGGAGCAGGGAGAUUUGAGCCAGCGUCGUCCAAAAAGCUCUCCCAGGGGCCUGGGCCGGCGUGAUUCCCCGGAAACCCCGCGCCCCCCGCGUCUAGAGAUGCAGGCACCCCCACACCUCCGGCACGUGGGUGAUUUGCAUCUCAAGUAGGAGAGAAGGGAUGUGGGUGAUACGUGUGGGUGCUUUUCAGUGGUUUUUUUGAGAGCGUGCUCUGACAGCCUGUUCUCGGGGUACCCAUCAUGAAUCUUUGUUCCAGGGUCAGUGUUACGUAGUCGUGCGUGGGUCUUGCCCAGUCUUGUUCCUUCCGGAAGCUCCCCCGCCCCGCCCCAGGCCUGGCGUUUCAGCGCCUCGUAGUGGGAGAGGUCAGGCGUGGCACCCUCCUGGGCCCGUGUGGAGGGAUCCUCCCCUUUUGUGGGGGAAGGCACUGCCGGGGCCGCCCCGCCGGACGCCCGGGCACCUCCGCUCGCACGGCUUCCAGGCCCCGCGGAAGGCGGGCUGGCGCCGCCGGCUGGGGCUCGGCUCAGAGCACCCUACACCGAGUUUUGGGAAAUCCCGCUGUGUCCGGCCUGGGUGGGCAGAGGCCGUGGGUCCCAGGGGAUAACGGGAGCCUGCUCUGGGGCCCCCUCCUGCUUUGGGGGGGUCGUGUGCCCGGGGAAGGAGCAGAGUCUUGCAAUGUCAAGUAUAAGCCUGUGGCAAAAUAAAUGUCUGUACAUAACUUUUAAAGGUGGAUUUUGUUUAAAAAAUCUGAGUGAACAAGCCUGUUGGGGUCAUGCUGAGGAGGGGGUGUCGGAAUGGGUCCCCCUCGCACCCCUGGCCUUGACCUGCAGCGGCCACCGCAGCUCCCGGGUGAGCCUGAGCCCCGGAAGGGGGCGCCCUCCUCCUCGGAGCUCCUCCGGCCCCGCCUGGGGCGACGCUGUACCAUCCCUGUGGGUGUGACCGGACGCAUCCUAAGAUGUUGAUUCUUACUGUUUUAUAAGAUAGAGUGUAGUUUACAGGAAAUGGAAUCUUUUGUAAAAGUUAACUACAUGCAAAACUGUAGGUGGUAAAAAUGAUGUAUUUUUUUCAUCUUUUUUUGUUAAUGGAUUUGCAAUAAAGACGACACUGAUGCCACCCAGA